UUUAGCCUUAGACAACAUAUAAACCAUAUAUACGAUUACUCUACCACCUCUUUUCCUUUCAGUCUUUCUCUUUCAGUUGAAUGAAUGCUGAUUUAGCCCCGCACCCUUCGCUCCACCCUCCGGUUAUUGCUACACUUAGAUUUAGAAGAAUUCAUUCAGUCUCACAAGUGGAUAAGAAUUACUCUUCUUGAUCCAUUCCACCUCUCAAGGACUUCCCAAUAUUCUCAAAAAUCCUCAACUCCUAGUCUGGAUAGAAUACAGUUGUCCCCUAUAACUCCAAACUCCAAAUUUUUAUUUUUUUUGAUCAUCGAAACAACAACCAAAUUUUUCUCAAGGAGAAAGGAGAGAAGUGUUUGCUUUUCUAUGCUCCCAUAGAAAGCAUCACUUCAUACCCUCCCCUCCCCUCGCUCCACAAAUCCCACGUUUUCUUUUACCAAAUGGAUCUCCCUAAAUCUUUGCUUUGUCUCAUCUUAUCUUGGGUCAUAUCUCAAGUACGAGGAUAAAGGAAGCAAGCUCUACCGUUAUUGUUCUAGUUGUUGGUUUCUUUCUCUUAUCCUUUUUAUCAGUUUUAAUUUGGUAACAACGAAGUUUUUCCUCCACUGGUGGCCAGUGUAGUACUUGUUAAGAUUCUUCAUGGACUACUUGAGGGAAAUUGAAGGAAAAAGGCUACACGAUCGCAACCCGAAUGAAAAGAUGAUGAUGAAAUCUUCCAGGUGUGUUUGUGUUUCUGGACCGAUCAUCGUCGGUGCCGGACCAUCAGGACUAGCAGCAGCAGCUUGCCUGAAAGUAAAAGGUGUCCGAAGUGUUGUUUUAGAGAGAUCUCAUUGCAUAGCUUCUUUGUGGCAGCUCAAGACUUAUGAUCGCCUUAGACUUCACCUACCAAAGCAAUUUUGCGAGCUUCCCUUGAUGCCUUUUCCAGAGGGCUUCCCAACUUAUCCAACUAAACAGCAGUUUAUUCAGUACCUGGAAGCUUAUGCAAGAAAGUUUGACAUUAAUCCGAGUUUCAAUCAAUCUGUAGUGAGUGCUGAGUAUGAUCAAGUUCUCGGGCUAUGGCGGGUAAGGACGGUGGGAUUGAAGAAAGAGGAGACUGAGUACGUUUGCCCGGGGUUGAUAGUGGCCACCGGAGAAAAUGCCGAACCUGUAGUGCCAGAUAUUGAAGGGAUGAAGGACUUCGGAGGGGAUAUAUUGCACACAAGUUUGUAUAAAAAGGGAGGUGAUUUCGGAGGGAAAAGGGUUUUGGUUGUUGGCUGUGGAAAUUCAGGAAUGGAGGUUUGUUUGGAUCUCUGCAAUCAUAAUGCUAGUCCAACACUUGUAGUCAGAGAUACAGUGCACGUCUUACCAAGGGAGAUGCUAGGAAAAUCAACUUUCGGGCUGUCCAUGUGGUUGCUCAAGUGGCUGCCCAUGCGUCUUGUGGAUGGUUUCUUGUUGAUUGUGUCGAGGCUCCUGCUCGGGGACACCGCAAGAUAUGGCCUUCAUCGCCCGCAAAUGGGGCCGCUUCAGCUAAAGAAUUUGUCCGGAAAGACACCGGUGCUGGAUGUUGGGACACUGGCCAAGAUCAAGGCUGGAGACAUCAAGGUAAGUCCUGGCAUUCAAAGACUGAGGCCACUUUCAGCAGAAUUUGUGAAUGGAAAAACAGAGAAAUUCGAUGCAAUCAUCCUAGCAACUGGUUACAAAAGCAAUGUGCCUUCUUGGCUAAAGGAAAAAGAGAUGUUCUCAGUGAAGGAUGGGCUACCAAAAAGACCGUUUCCAAAUGGUUGGAAAGGUGAAAGUGGGCUAUAUGCCGUGGGGUUCACCAAACGUGGCUUGCUUGGUGCGUCAAUGGACGCUAAGAGCAUUGCAGAUGACAUUGAAAUGUGUUGGAAAGCAGAAUCAAAACAUUUCUCCUACUUUGCUCGUCCUUCUUCAUUGCAAUCAUAGUCUUUUUUGGUUUGGUGUUAGGACACAUUAGAGGCUUUGACUGACGAGUUAAUUAGCUGAUUGGAGAAUUUUGGUGGUACCAUUUGCAGAAAAGUUGGUACCUCAAGAAGUUGCUCCUCCACUUAUAGAAAAGGUUGAAAAUACACAAAGAAAAAAAAAAA